GGUUAAAUGUUCGAUACGAUAUUAUGAUUCGGUGUAUCGAUACACAGUAUCGAUACCAACUAAUGUAUCGAUACAAAAUAUCGAGUAUCGAAAUAUAAAGUAUCGAUACCUCAAAGUAUCGAUACGUAUCGAACAUCCCUAGCGGUUAUUAACGCUUCGUAAACGUAAAUUUACAUUUCCCUUUGAACUCUUUCACUCUUUGUUUGUUUUAGUGUUGUUGUUUUGUUUUUGAUACUUUGAUGUGGCAAUAAUUAAUUAUGUUAGAUUUUACCGAUUUUAGUCUCGUUAAUGAGUUGAAUUUGGGCACAGUAUAGAUUUUUUUCAGUCCUAAACACUGUGCUGCACACAUAUCUGAUACUGAUAUGUGAUUACCAUUUGCUAUCAAGUUAUAAGUUCUAGUGCUAUCACCCAGUAAAGUCACUUGUUUUAACCAGUUUACUUGUUAGUUAUGGAAUUUAAUAUAGGAAUUAACGAAGAUUUUGUUGAAGAUUAUCCUAGAUAUCAAGGGAGCCAGCUUUCCACAUCAGCAGAUCUUAGUAAUUUGAAGAGUGAACCAGAAAGUAACUCAACAAUGGAAGUCAAAGCUGAAAUUAAGAAAGAUCUUAUUGGAGAUGAUCCUAUUUAUCUAGAGAGUCAGCUUUACCCAUCAACAGAUCUUGCUGAUUUGAAGAGUGAACCAGGAAGUAACUCAGCUGUGACAGUAAAAGCUGAAAUUAAGGAAGAUUUUGUUGAAGAUGAUCCUAGAUAUCUAGAGAGCCAGCUGUCCACUGUCCUUGAUCUAGAAAACUUGAAGAAUGAAGCAGAUGAGGAUAACUCAGGCCUUUUUGAGGUGGAGAACACAUCGAAAAUUAUGAAGGCAAUACCUGUAGGAUCAUGUAAUAAAGAACAACGCAUGGACCGACCUGUUAAAGAAAAAACAUUGAAGUGUGAAAUUUGUUUCAAACAAUUUGCCUAUUCAAGUUCAUUAAAAGUACACAUGAGAGUUCACACAGGAGAAAAACCGUACAAGUGUGAAAUUUGUUCUAAGCAGUUUACUAAAGCAAGUAAUUUAAAAAGUCAUUUGAGAGUGCACACUGAAGAAAAACCCUACAAGUGUGAAAUUUGUUUUAAGCAGUUUACCGAGGCAAGUUCUUUAAAAAUACAUUUGAUAGUGCACACUGAAGAAAAACCAUACAAGUGUGAAAUUUGUUUUAAGCAGUUCAGUCAGGCAAGUAAUUUGAAAAAGCAUAUGAUAUCACAUACUGGAGAAAAACCGUACAAGUGCGAAAUUUGUUGUAAACAGUUUUCUCGGACAGAUCGUUUUAAACAACAUAAAAGAACUCACACUGGAGAAAAACCCUACAAGUGUGAAAUUUGUUUUAAGCAGUUUUCACAAAAAGAUAAUUUGAAAAAACAUUUGAGAGUGCACACUGGAGACAAAUCUGAUAAGUGUGAAAUUUGUUUUAAACUAUUCUCCCGCACAGAUAGUUUGAAACUGCAUAUGAGAUUACAUACUGGAGAAAACCCAUAUAAGUGCGAAAUUUGUGAUAAACAGUUUUCUCGAGCAAAUUGUUUGAAAAUACAUAAAAUGGCUCACACAGGAGAAAAACCUUAUAAGUGUGAAAUUUGUUUGAAGGUUUUUAGUCAAGCAAGUAAUUUGAAACAACAUUUGAGAGUGCACACUGAAGAAAAACCGUACAAGUGUGAAAUUUGUUUUAAGCAAUUUACUGAUGCAAGUACUUUAAAAAGACAUUCAGUGGUGCACAGUGGAGAAAAACGUUGUAAGUGCGAAAUUUGUUUUAAACUAUUCUCCCACACAUCUAAUUUGAAAAAGCAUAUGAGAUCGCACACUGAUCGAAAGUGUUAACGGGUGGACAAUGUGACAAUUCAUUUCAGGGCUGAAAUUGUUUGUUCUUUCUAAAAAAUUAUAUUUGCUCUUUAUGAAAAAGUGCCGCGAAAAGUAAAUAACGUUCAUACAAUGUAUUAGAAAAACAAUAAAUUAAUUUAAAGGAUAUACGUAUUUCAAUAUUUUCCUUAAGAUACCACAUCAUAGCGUCGUCAA